GGCCACCGGAAGAGUCGCAGUCGCCAGCCAAGCGCCGGGAGUGGGGAGCGGAAGCGGCGGCGGGCGGCGCUGGGACCCGGGAGCGGCCGGAGAACAAGGGAGCUGGCGCCCCGGCCGGCGGCUGAGUGGGGCUGAGCAGCGGGCCGCGCCGAGCGCCGAGCUCUGCCGGAGAGGCCCGGCCCCGCUGCUCGAGCAGGCCGCGCGCCGCGGGGCCGAGGCCGGAGCCAUGGGCGAGACCAAGAUCAUCUACCACCUGGAUGGCCAGGAGACGCCGUACCUGGUGAAGCUGCCCCUGCCCGCCGAGCGCGUCACCUUGGCGGACUUUAAGGGCGUUCUGCAGCGGCCCAGCUAUAAGUUCUUCUUCAAGUCUAUGGACGACGAUUUUGGGGUGGUGAAGGAAGAGAUCUCAGACGACAAUGCCAAGCUACCCUGCUUCAAUGGCCGGGUGGUGUCUUGGCUGGUAUCUGCUGAGGGCUCGCACCCAGAGCCAGCCCCUUUCUGUGCUGAUAAUCCAUCAGAGCUGCCACCUUCAAUGGAACGCACAGGAGGCAUUGGGGACUCUCGGCCCCCCUCCUUCCACCCUCAUGCUAGUGGGGGCAGUCAGGAAAACCUGGACAAUGACACAGAGACUGACUCCUUGGUGUCUGCCCAACGAGAGCGGCCCCGACGGAGGGAUGGCCCCGAGCACGCAGCCCGGCUCAAUGGAACCACAAAGGGCGAGCGGCGACGGGAGCCGGGUGGCUAUGACAGUUCAUCUACCCUUAUGAGCAGCGAGCUAGAGACUACCAGUUUCUUUGAUUCAGAUGAGGAUGACUCCACCAGCAGGUUCAGCAGCUCCACAGAACAGAGCAGUGCCUCACGCCUAAUGAGAAGACACAAGCGGCGGCGACGGAAACAGAAGGUCUCCCGGAUUGAGCGGUCGUCGUCCUUCAGCAGCAUCACAGAUUCCACUAUGUCUCUCAAUAUCAUCACAGUCACUCUUAACAUGGAAAAGUAUAACUUCUUGGGCAUCUCCAUUGUGGGCCAGAGCAAUGAGCGCGGUGAUGGGGGCAUCUACAUUGGCUCCAUCAUGAAGGGUGGGGCUGUGGCGGCUGAUGGACGCAUUGAGCCAGGAGAUAUGCUAUUGCAGGUAAAUGAGAUCAACUUCGAGAACAUGAGUAACGAUGACGCAGUCCGAGUACUUCGGGAGAUCGUACACAAGCCAGGGCCCAUCACUCUGACUGUAGCCAAGUGUUGGGAUCCAAGUCCUCGUGGCUGUUUCACAUUACCCCGGAGUGAGCCCAUCCGCCCCAUUGACCCUGCAGCCUGGGUCUCUCACACUGCAGCCAUGACAGGCACCUUCCCCGCCUAUGGCAUGAGCCCCUCCUUAAGCACCAUCACCUCUACCAGCUCCUCUAUCACCAGCUCCAUCCCCGAUACAGAACGCCUAGAUGAUUUCCACCUCUCCAUCCACAGUGACAUGGCGGCCAUUGUAAAAGCCAUGGCCUCCCCUGAGUCAGGGUUGGAGGUCCGAGACCGCAUGUGGCUCAAGAUUACCAUUCCCAAUGCUUUCAUCGGCUCAGAUGUGGUGGACUGGCUGUACCACAACGUGGAAGGAUUCACCGAUCGACGGGAGGCCCGCAAGUAUGCUAGCAACCUGCUGAAAGCUGGUUUCAUUCGCCACACUGUCAACAAGAUCACGUUCUCUGAGCAGUGCUACUACAUUUUUGGUGACCUCUGUGGCAACAUGGCCAACCUAUCACUUCACGACCAUGAUGGCUCCAGUGGCGCCUCUGACCAGGACACACUGGCUCCUUUGCCGCACCCAGGAGCUGCCCCUUGGCCUAUGGCUUUCCCUUACCAGUACCCACCACCUCCGCAUCCCUACAACCCACACCCAGGCUUCCCAGAACUGGGCUACAGCUACGGUGGAGGCAGCGCCAGCAGUCAGCACAGUGAAGGCAGUCGCAGCAGUGGCUCCAACCGAAGUGGCAGCGACCGGCGCAAGGAGAAGGACCCAAAAGCUGGGGACUCCAAGUCAGGUGGUAGCGGCAGCGAGUCAGACCACACUACACGCAGCAGUCUGCGGGGGCCACGGGAGCGGGCACCAAGCGAGCGCUCUGGCCCAGCGGCCAGCGAGCACAGUCACCGCAGUCACCAUUCGCUGACCAGCAGUCUGCGCAGCCACCACACGCACCCGAGCUAUGGCCCACCGGGAGUGCCCCCUCUCUAUGGUCCCCCGAUGCUGAUGAUGACCCCGCCGCCGGCAGCCAUGGGGCCCCCAGGAGCCCCUCCAGGGCGUGACCUGGCUUCGGUGCCCCCGGAACUGACGGCCAGCAGACAGUCCUUCCGCAUGGCAAUGGGAAACCCCACCAAGAAUUUCGGGCUCUUUGACUUUCUGUGAGUCCCCAGGAAAGGGAGGCCCAGCCUCCAAGGAGACCAGGAACUCUGCUUCAGCAGCCCCUCAGGGCUUCCCAAGGAUGUCCAACCUCACACCCACACUACAGGGUCACUAGGCUUCUGGGAAAGACCUCAGCUUCCCCCAUAUGGAACAGACUGUUCUUUUCAGAGAGAAGUAGAGAAGUUUGCUUCCCUCCGCCUCAUACACAUUUUAUAUAUAUAUAUACAUAUAUAUAUGUAUACAUAUAUACAUAUAUAUAUAUAUAUCUGUCUCUGUCUCUCUCUUUCUCACACACACACACACACACACACACACACGCCUAUGAAAGUUUACAUAAGCCUCAGGGCUGGUUCCUGACAAGAGGGCUGGACCCUUUUUCCAGGUCAUCUCUUAGAUAGUGGGGCUGGUCCCUGACUGCCCACUCCCCUUCCUGCUAGCCCUUAAGCUUCCCGUAUAUGUUCCCAAUAUCAUUGUACUUGGAUAAAGCCCAAAACCUGGGCUCCACAGAGGGUUCUCCAGGUGACUGGCAGGUCAUUCUCUACUUCCCUCCUGCCCCCACAUAUCCCUAUACCUGCUCUAUUUUCAGCUUCACCAUGAAACCUGGGAACACAGGCCAGUUGAAGCUAUACAAGCAGACAACUGGGACUUCCAAACAGUUCCAGUUAUUAUUACUUUUUUUUUUUUAGCUCCAGUUAUUUUUUAAAUUGUUUUCUACCUUAAAUCACAAUUUUCUCUUUAAAACUCUGCUAAAAAAAAAACUCUGACUUAUCCAGACUCUUAAAUUUUCAGGGCAAGGGUAUCAGCUGGGGACAUAGCUCUAUAUUGUUUGCCUAGCAUGCCCCAGCAAAUGUCUCCCCCACAUCAGGAUGUCCUUAGCUCAGGUUUGGGGGCAACUUGAGGUAAGGCUAUUUUGACAUUCAUUCAUUUAACAUAUUUUCUGGGAUUUUAAUGAACAAAGGGCUACAUUAGAAGCAUGAUUUGAUCUUAGCUGUCAUCAGUUCUCUCUGACUACCUUUUCCUGUUCUCUUGAGAAUCCCUCGUCAGUGCCGCUUGUGUGCUGGACGCCAGUGUGCUGGACGCCAGUGUGCUGGACGCCAGUGCUCCCGUUAUCCCAUCUUUGGCUCAGAUCUCUUUCUUUUCCACUCCCAUGAUAGUGUCAGCUACUCUCUUAAGCUGUUGAUAUGCUGGCCACUUCUAAAUCUGGAUCUCUAACCCCAUCUGUUUUUAUUACCCACUGGACAUCUCCACAGGUAUGUCCAUAUUAUUCAAGUAUUAUUCCUCUUGAAUUCCUGUCCUGGUGACCUUCGUUACAAGCUACACCUACAUAGUAUUAGUCAGCAUCACACACCCUUCUACACUCUGAAGUUCAGCUGUUCCUCUCCCUUAAUUUACAGAGCAUGGGAUUUGGAGUCAGGUUGGUUUGGGCUUGAAUUCCAGCUCUAUCAUUUUUGGUUGUGUAAUAGAGUUAUUUAACCUCUCUGGAGCCUCAGUCCUCCCAUAUGUAAAAUGAUGAUAAUAAUACCUACCUCACAGGGUUGUUGUGAGGAUUUAAAUUAGAUAUUGUACGAAAAGUGCCUAGCACAGUGCCUGGCACACAAUAGAGUAGGUGCUCAAUAAAUGGUAGCUAUUA